AUGAAUCAAGUUUUAGGUCCCCAAAAGAAGCAAGUUAUUCAAGAUAUUUCAAAGACAGAAAAAAUAUUUCAAGAUGUUAAGAUCAAGUCCACAGUUGUAAAUGAUUAUCUCCAACCUUGCGAAAAUUACAUUUCCGCACUCUCAAAAUUAUUGGCUCCUGUGCAACCAAGUAAAUUCGGCAACGUUCAGCUUCAACUUGCCGAUUACUUUGUCUACGCUGCUACUAUUAAUACCAUUAUUCAGGAUGGAUUGUUAUAUAAAAUUGCACCUUCUAAUGUAUGUGAAGUCAUCAAAGUUGUUCUUUUGUUUACCCAAAGUGAUGUAACUUCAUCCCUUUAUCUAUCUAUUCGCAAAGUCUUUAUAGAUCUUCUCGAAACUUUCGGAAAUAUCAAACCAACAGAUUUUAAGCUCUUUGAAUACAUAAAACAAUAUAAUUAUCUUGACCAAUUCGGAACCGAUUUGUUUGGCAAGCUUUUAUUGCUCUCAACAGAGAAAAUUCAAUUUAUUUUAGGAAACUUUCCAAAAUUGUUCGAAGAUGAGAGAGGAAAGCAAGUUCUCCAAGUAUACUUUAAGUCGUUUAUCGCAGCUGUGAAGGCAGAGCAAACAAAACCACAAUUUGUUCCGUAUAACGCUAUUUAUAUCUUAAUUGAGUUCUUAAGGAACUCCGCUAUUGAGAUCCCAGAGCCACUUGCAUUUUUCAGAUACAUUUGGGCAAAAAUUACGGAUGAAAACGAUAAAAUUGAGUUAAUUCAACACUUUGAAGAAAUAAUCCCAUCAUGCAUCAACUCAUACCUUCCAAUAACAUACAUUCUUUACCUUUACGACUCAAAUGUAUUGAAUCCAGAGCUCUUUUCCGCUGCAUAUAAUCUUAUUGACUCUUCCAACAAUACAGCUCAAUAUUUCAUAACAUUUCUUGCAUGUUUGUACUUCUUUGAUAUCACAACAAUAGAUACAAAGGCCUUAGAGGAGUUUUCGAACUCAAUAACAACAAGUACUGUAAUUUGCAAGACAAUGGCUGCCAAUCUUGUCGAAUUCCACAAGGGAGUUCCAUCAUUAAUCAAUACUCCUUGGAAAUACGCAAAUACUUUCUUCGAAGGCGAAGAAUCAACUUUGAAAUUCGAAAAUCUCGGAUUUGACGCACAAGAUCUCAAAAAACCUUACGACAUCCAUAACAUAGACAUCAUGUGCGACGCGAAAUCGUCAUCUCUUUCGUGUUUACUCAUAAAUCGCGUUUUGGAUAUUUUCGAAUUAUGUCCGUCAGCAUUGUGCAAGAAAGAUCCGAAGCCAGACUUAUGCUGGAUAUUCAUUCCACGCAUUUUCGCGAAGAAGAAACUCUCACAGACCGUUAUUAAGACAUUUACAAAAAUUUUCAGUGAUCCGUUCCUUCAGUAUCGUAUUUCCAACAAUGUUUACAAGAAGUGGGUAUCGUUCAUCAUCACUCAAUCUUUCAACGAUAAAGAUUUAGUUUUAUGUACGGCCGCCCUUGCAGAUAUCAUCAGACUGAACCUCCCAUGCGCUUCAGUAGCUGCUCCAUUCUUCCUUGUUGCUGUUAACAAGAUCAAAUCUCUUACUCCUUUGGCAACAAAUUUCGCAAAUGCAUUUGCCAGUCUCAGAAUCACAGGAUGCAUUUCUCAUGAGCAAUGCGUUGAAUUAUCCAAUACGUUGGGAUUCGGAAAGAAGUAUUCCAACUCAUAUAUGGAAUAUUAUUCUGAUAUCUCAAACAUUUACAAUAUAGCGCCACCAGAAAACCGUCCAGAUGUAUUUGCUGCUGCCAUCCAAGCUCUCGUUGAAGAUUCUCUUCGCGGUAGAGAUUAUACCAAACUUAAAGACUUCAUAAUUUCCAGGAUUCUGCAACUCACUGAUGAUGAGAUGCAGACACUCUCUUUCCUUUCCGAAGUCGAUCAGGUUUCCGAUGAAUUAAUUAUUUCCAUUGUCGAUGCUUGCCUCGCAAAGGAAUCUCCAAGGCAUACAAUGAUUGCUGUAAGGCUCAUGGUUUCAUGCCCGUAUAUCCGAUUCAACGAUUACCUUCCACAUCUCAAAGGACUUCUUAAUAAGAAAGGAUUCGAAGAUCCAAGGAAAUUGUUCCUCGAGAACUUCCUUAGAUAUCCGUUCAAGGCAGGAAUGAACUUCAUUGAUGACCACUUCGAUAUGAAGAAUGAAGAUCCGAAAUCAAUCGCUAUUACAUCUGAAAAGACAACGAUUAUUACCAAUCUCAACAAAGAGAGUAAUAGCGUUAAGCUUUUCAUCAAAUCGGAGUCCGGAAACUCUCAAUUUGUCUGCAAGAGCGCAAUACCAACAUCUCGCCACGAAAUAUUCAUUCCUAAGACAGAAUGUGACAUUCCUCAUCCAGUUUACGACGAUCAGAAUGAUUGGGGAGACAAAUCUACUUUGAAACCAUUCAACGCUCUUCCAGAAACCCUCAGAGAGGUCUCAUCGCCUCUUAAAGUUCCUGUUGAAGACAGCCAGCAUAAAGAAGAAGAUUCUGCUCCAACUCUUAUUAAUCCUGCAAAUGUUUUGCAAGCUUUCGGUUAUAUCGAUCCUCUCAAGCCAUCUGUCUACAGAAUGCUUGAUAAGGAGAACGCAUCCAACGAAUUGAAGGCACUUUUCGACAUUCAAGUCAGAAGUGGCCACAAAGUUGCAGUUAUCUAUGUCGGCUACAACCAGAGAGACCAGGAACAGCUUCUCGCUAAUACUCUUGGAGAAGCGUCCCCAACUUUCUACAAUUUCAUCAAACAAAUCGGAUAUCCAAUUGAUCUCGCCAAUCAUCCAUCAUUUACAGGUGGCCUUGAUAACAUUGGAUUCUCCACAGGUAGAAAGACAUGCUAUUACGCGAAUAUGGAGCAUGAAUUGAUGUGGCAUGUUUCAACUCUCAUUGAAACAGCUCUUUCCAACGGUAAAAACAUUUACAAGAAGAGACAUAUCGGUAAUGAUUCAAUUCAUGUCCUUUGGAGUGAAGAUUUAGUGGAAUAUGAUAUUUCCAUGAUCACAUCUCAGUUCAAUCACGCCCAUAUCGUUAUAUAUCCAUUACCUCAUGCUAAAUUCGCCGUCCACGUAUUCCAAAAGACUGGAGUUAAGUGGUUUGGCUCAUUAAGAGGUAAAUCAGUCAUUUCUGCACAAGCAUUACCAGCAUUCAUCAGAUAUACAGCUAUUGAAGCUGAUGUAUUGGCAAGAGAAUUCACUGCUGGCAUCAAGAUGCUUCCUUCUGACAAAGUUUUGAAUUCAAGAAAGACUUUGUGGGAAAUGACUAACGAUAAGGAUAAUACUUUUGACCAAGCAGUUUCACUCGAUUAA